AUGGUGGUUAAACCUCAGUGUGGGCUAUCUUUGAUGGUUGUCCAUGAGAGCAGGGUGCAUGUGAGAGCAUUGAUUGAGAGAGUAAAUGAGUCAAUGCAUGGUAAUAGUCAUCAGCUUUGGGGAGUUAUGCCUUCACGCGUCAUUCAUGGUGGUCAGACCUUGUGUAGUGUGGAUCUAAAUCAUAUGCGUUCAUCUCCACAAAUUCAUUCUUAG